AAGGCCAAGAACCCGCAUCUCAAGAUUGUCGUUGCCCUCGGGGGUUGGACCUUCAGCGACCCCGGCCCUUGGCAAGAUAUCUCCCCUUCGCUCACCUCCAAGAAGGAGAAUAGGGCCACCUUGAUCAACAACCUUUUGGGAUAUCUUUCCCAGUAUGGCUACAACGGUAGUACUGGCAUUGUCACCGACUGGGAAUGUCCCAGCGCUGACGACCGCGGCGGCUCAGACAGGGAUGGUAAGAACUACGUGGAUCUCAUGAAAGAGCUGCGGGAGGCCAUCAACACGAGCGGCCGCGACUACAUUGUCACCUUUACCGCGCCCUCUUCAUACUGGUACCUUCGCCAUUUCGAUCUUAAAGGCAUGGAGGCCCAUGUUGAUUGGAUUAACCUCGUGUCCUAUGACUUGCACGGCGUCUGGGACAGCGAUAACCCCAUCGGAAACCAGGUUCUGUCUCAUACCAACCUGACCAAAAUAGACUACGCCUUGGACCUGAUAAGUUUCUGGCGCGUUGGUGUUGAGCCUUCUAGCAUCGUACUAGGCUUGGGCUUCUACGGUCGAUCCUUGGAGCUCGAAUCUGCCUCGUGCUGGAAGCCCGGCUGUGCCUUCCAGGGCCCUGGUUCACCCGGUCGCUGCUCUAACGCGGCUGGAAUUCUCUCAUAUCCGAGAUCAUGGAAACAGGUACCGGACAAAACCGGCCGAACACCCUAUUUUGACGAGGCCGCCGCCGCCGCUCGAUACAUGGUCUACGACGGCCACAGCUGGAUCUCCUUCGACGAUGCCGAGACUUUCCAAAUGAAGAUCGAUUAUGCCAGAAAAAUGAGUCUUCAUGGUCUCAUGAUCUGGGCUAUCGAUCUCGACACCCCAAAUCUCGAGGUCCCGAGGGCUAUAUCC